AGUGGCAACUGAUCGGACGCUGUCACAUAUUUCCGGGAUUUUUAGUUUUUUGCUAUAUUUGUUUUCUGUGGUUUUUUGUGUUUGUUAUGAAAUGCAGUGCAGGUUUGUGUUCAGUUUGGAAUCAUAGUUGUUAUCAACCCUUUUUUUAUAUGAAUAAGUUCUUAAAAUAUAUCUAUUUUGUCUGUAUUGAAAUGAAACCAAGCCUGGUUUGACUAUGCUCAAACAGCAAUCUAAGGCCAGUAAGAAUAAGAAAUUAAUUUUCUUUUAUCUAGGUUAUUAAAGAAGAAACAAUGGAUGAUGUAGGGGUUGCAGACUCUAAAACCAACACAGUCCAAUCUAAACCAGGCUGUACUAAAAACAUUAAUAACCCUUUGGCCUUAGUGCAUAAACUUUCAGUGGCUUCUGUUCACUGCCGAAUAUGUUAUGAUAAUGAAAAGGAGGAAGACCUUAUUGCUCCAUGCCACUGUAAAGGCACUGUGGCAUUUGUUCAUCGGUCAUGCUUAGAAACAUGGUUGGGAGAGUCAGGAACAAGUAUAUGUGAGUUAUGUCAUCAAUAUUUUAAAACAGAGAGGACACCAAAAUUUUCUUCUGUAAAAUCCAUUUGGCAGUGGCUAAGAUAUGGACAUAGCUAUCCUGGUACUGGAGUGAGGAGUGAUAUUGUUGCUUGUGCAAUAAUUACUCCCUUAGCUAUAUUAGUAACCUACAUAUGCCUGUACUCGUCUGAAUAUUACAGUCAGCAAAAAUUUUCACAAAUACCUGCAGCUAAAUGGACGUCAAUUUCAUUGCUGAUUAUGAUAUCAGUCAUGCUUUUUGGAUAUUACCUCUGGGUUCACUCAGUUAUAAGAUUACAUGCCAGAAUGUGGUAUAGUUGGUGGCAAAGAACCUGUGUAGUAAGAUAUAUACCUCCGAGCACAGUCUCUCUCCACGCAAGGGUAGAUGAACAGUCUAUGCUGGUUCCAAAUAAUACACCUAAUCCACUUUUAAGAAACGAACAAGAUGUUAGUGGAAGUGAAAGUGCCUCCGUCAUAAACUUUGAAUCUGUGAUAAAUAUAGAAACUCCAACUGACAUGUCACAAGGUGAAGGCGUGACCAUUAAGAGGGAACCCGAAGUUGUUAUUGAUUUGGUUAAUGAUUGUAGUAGUGAGUUUUUUGAUCUGAAAUAAAUAAUCUAAAUUAAAAUGUGAA